AUGUUACUUAAUAGAUUUUCUUCUUUUCUCCUUGUCGGCUCUCUGGCCGCCGUGUUUGCUGAGACUGUCGUCCACGAUGACCAGUUCCAGCCAGACCAUAUACUCAGGGUAGCCGUCGCCCAAGUACCGUCUGCUUGUGAGAGUCGAGAGAGUGUGGUGGUCAAUGGGACGUCCCCGGGACCAGCUGUUCGUCUGCUGCCUGGGGCGAGGACCUGGAUCAGAGUCUACAAUGAUAUUCCAGAUCAAAACCUCACCAUGCACUGGCAUGGUCUCUCCCAACGAUUCGCACCCUUCGCGGACGGCACCCUCGGAGCAUCCCAGUGGCCCAUACCCCCGGGCCACUUCUUCGAUUACGAGAUUGCGACCGAGCUGGAGGACGCUGGUUCCUACUUCUACCAUUCGCACGUUGGCCUGCAGGCCCUGAGCUGCACCGGCCCGUUGAUCGUUGAGGACUGUGGCGGGUCACCUUACGAUUACGACGACGAGCGAAUCCUGUUGUUCCAGGACCACUUCCAACGAAAGGAUCAGGACAUGAUCCAGGGCCUUCUAGCCACCCCAUUCACCUGGAUGGGAGAAACCAGUGGCGUCGUGCUGAACGGCAAAGGCGUUGCCCUGGGCCAGACAGCCAUCGAGGGCCCGUUGGGUGAAGCCAACGGAUUUUUCGGCAGCCGCCGCUUUUCCGGCUCUGGUGCCGUCAACGAGACCUCGGACUCUUGGAAUGGGCAACUGGGCGAUGACCAGAUCAAACCCUCCGGUGAAUGCACCCUCCCGGUCAUCGACGUUGAGCCGGGCAAGACAUACCGGUUCCGCUUCAUCGGUGCCACCGGUCUGUCCCUCCUGUCGAUGGGCUUCGAGGAUCACAACAUCAUGGCCGUCAUUCAAGUUGACGGUAGCGAGUACAACGAACCAGUGGCCAUCGACCACCUCCAGCUCGGCGGAGGCCAGCGAUUCGACGUCCUUUUCCAAACCAAGACGGUCGAUGAGCUCGGAGACAAGUGCACAUACUUCCUCCAGUUCGAGACUCGCGACCGUCCCGACCCCUACCGCGGCUAUGGCGUACUCCGGUACAAUCUCGGCUCGCCGGUUCCCCCCGCGCCACCCGCCCCGGUCCUCAACCUCCCUACCGAGGUCAACAACUGGCUUGAAUACACCCUCCAGCCCCUUGACUCGGAGGCUGGCAACUCCUGUCCCACUGCUGAAGAGGUCACCAGACGCGUAACCCUCCUCGCCGAGGAAAAAGUCGACCCCACCACUGGCCGCCUCACCUGGGAGCUCGCGCAUAUGUCUUGGACCGACUCGGCUCGCGACAAGCCCGUGCUCGUCGACAUCUACGAGCGCGGCCAGCCCGCCAUCCCCGACUACAACGCUGCCCUGGCCAACUACGGCUGGGACCCGGCCACCAGGCUUUUUCCUGCGCGCAAGGAUGAGGUUCUCGAGAUUGUGAUCCAGAACACUGGCUCACAGUACAGCGGUGCCGCGGGCAUCGUCGAGACGCACCCCUUCCACGCCCACGGCAUCCACUACUACGACAUCGGCGGCGGGCCGGGCGAGUACGACGCCGCCGCGAACAAUGCCAAGCUGGCCGAACUGAAUUACAAGCCGAUCAGGCGCGACACGACGAUGCUGUACCGGUACGGCGACGGCCAGGUGGAGCCCGGCGCACCGGCCGGAUGGAGGGCGUGGCGCAUGCGCAUGUCUCACCCCGGCGUAUGGAUGGUGCACUGCCAUGUUCUUGGCCACAUGCUCAUGGGCAUGGAAUCCCUCUGGGUCGUCGGCAAUGCCGAUGACAUCGUCUCGAUCCCACUCGACGCGAGCCAGAGCUACUUCUCGUAUGGCGGUGACGUCUACGGGAACGAGGUGCGCGCGCCGGUGGUCUAUCAUUAUUUUGACGACCACAAUAAGUGUGUCGGCAUGCGUGCCAGCAACUGCACAAAGUGA